AAAAAGAGGGGGCAUCAGAGUCCACAUAAUAAAAGCGGAGAGGAGAAGAGAAGGGAAGGGAACUCUUGGGUUCUUCGCCUUCCUCCACCACCCCUCACUACCAGAAAAUUAAAUUUCCAAAAAGACAAGGAAAGCACACCUCCCCUUUCUUUGUACCUUUGAACUAUAAACACUGUUUUUUUUUAAUUUUAUUCUUCCUUUUGUCUUCCACAAUAAAACUACAACAAUCAAACAAACCCAAAAAAAAAAAAGAAACUGAAGCUGAGAUAUCUUAUCAAAGUAGAGUAGUAGCAUCCAACAGUCAUUUCUUAUUCAUUAGAGAAAAAAUAAAGGAGAAAUCUUAUUCAAAAAAUCUAAGGAGAACAUGGAGGCGGUGGAUGAAUCCGCGAAGAAAGUCGAAGAGGAAGUUGGGAGAGUGGUGGAGCAAGCCAGAGAGUUGCAAGAAUCCGGCGCUUCGCUCAUAUCGAGGAUAUCGAACGAGGAGCAAUCUCUCCGCCAAAAGGCUAAUUCUCUUGAAUCCUCCAUUCGCCGCCUCCGUUCCUUGAUCAAUUCCCUUCUCUCUCAAAAGCUUUUGGAUCCCAAGCUCGCCGACAAGCUUGAAGAGGAUUUACUGAGAGCCAGAUUUAUUAUAACCGAUGGAGACGCCGCUGCUUUUCUUCCUGCCAAAGCUCAGGGAAGAUUCCUGAGGAUGUUUUUGGGACCAAUCAAUGUGCGUGCAUCCCGCAAAGACGUCCAAUUGAAAGUUAAGGAGGAAUAUAACAGCUACAGAGAUAGAACUGCAUUUCUGUUUCUUCUUUUUCCGUUAACUUUGCUUAUUUUAAGAUCUUGGAUCUGGGAAGGAUGCUUGCCUGCAUUUCCAGUUCAGUUGUACCAGGCAUGGUUGCUGUUCCUUUACACUGGUUUGGCUUUGCGAGAAAACAUAUUGCAAGCAAAUGGAAGUGAUAUUCGUCCAUGGUGGAUUUACCAUCACUAUUGUGCUAUGGUUAUGGCUUUAGUUAGUCUCACUUGGGAGAUUAAAGGACAGCCUAAUUGUGCUCAAAAGCAGAGAGGUGUAGAACUUUUCCUUCAGUGGGCUAUGAUGCAAGGAGUUGCCAUGCUUCUACAAAAUAGAUAUCAGCGCCAGAGGCUUUAUACUCGUAUUGCCCUGGGAAAGGCUAAUAGAAUGGAUGUUGUCUGGGGAGAAACAGCUGGUGUAGAUGGACAAUUGUGGGUUCUAUGUCCGAUACUUUUCCUUUUGCAGGGUUUUGAGGCAUAUGUUGGACUACUAUUGCUCAAGACAGCAUUCGUUGGGGUUGUUUCUGAAUGGCAGGUAAUAUUUUGUGGGAUCCUUUUGGUUUUGAUGGCUGUUGGGAACUUUAUGAACACAGUACAGACACUCAUGGCAAAGUCAAGGUUUAAGGCAAAGAUGAAAAGAACUAAGAGCAAGCAGGAGUUGGAUUACGUUGUUCGUAAUUCUUAGGUCACAUCUUACAUAGCUUAUUAGUCUCAUUUUUUAAUGUUUCCAGUGUCCCAAAGAUGUUUUGUCUUGGAUGAGGCAAUGAUAAUUUCUUUUUAAGAUUUUCGUUUUCACCUUUCAUAUGUAAUUACUGUUGGUUUUGUUUUUCUUUGUCUUCACCAUUAAUCAAACUGAAGAGAACUGUACAGUUGAAUGGUAACAAGCAAAUGCCCAAUA